UUUCAAACGUUUGCGUUUGACACAUAUACACAGUGAAAAUGUACGGAUUUUUUUUGUUGGCUGUUACCGUGGGUUGCUUGAUGUACAAGUUCGUCGAACGUGGUGCACACAAAAAAUGUGGUCCGUCUGGGAAAAGUGUUUUGAUCACUGGUUGCGACUCGGGCAUAGGACUAUCGAUGGCCAUCGCUGCAGAAAAGUUGGGCUUUCACGUCAUAGCGACGUGCUUGGAUCUCAAAGGAUAUGGGGCCAACUUUAUGCAACAAAAUUAUCCAAAUAUUUUCGUUGUUCAGAUGGAUGUUACCAAGCCAACUGAUAUUGAAAAUGUUCUGCAAAUAGUUAAAGAUAAUCUACAGAAUACCGAAACAACUCUAUGGGCCCUCAUAAAUAAUGCAGGUGUCUUGGUAUAUGGGCACUUUGAUUGGCAGUUAGAUUAUCAAAUAGAAUCUCAGGUGCAAGUGAAUUUUAUGGGUAUGCUGAGAGUCACAAAGGCAUUUCUACCAUUGAUUCGGCAAGCUAAAGGUAGAAUCAUCAACAUCACAAGUGCCAACGGCAACUGGUGUCUACCGGGUUUGUCCGUCUAUUGCGGUACAAAACAUGCCGUAGAAGGAUUUUCCAAUACUCUCCGAAUUGAAAUGAGGCCUUGGAACAGCAAAGUUAUACUCAUUAAUCCUGGUAACUUGCCCGGUAGUACUCGUAUUUUGGCGGCACAAGCACAACAUGCAGAAGCCAUGAAAAAGAAUUUUAACAAGGAGGAAAAGCAAAUGUAUGGCGAGUAUUUCGAUCUUUUUCAGAAGCACUUGCAAACUAAUUUUGCUGCUCCAAAUCUUAAUGAGGAUCAGCCGUUGAAUGACGCAAAGUUAAACAAAAUACUGGAAUCUUCGCUGUUGUUGGAAAAUCCACGUCCUUACUACGCAAAUAUAGACAUUGGAUUUCGAAUGUUUAUGUUAGUAACAAAACUCUUACCGACAUACUAUGGCGACCGUCUGAUUUUGCAAAUGUGGGGUGACCAUGUCGAGUACAAAUUGAUCUGAGAAUGUAA